GCUAAGCAACCGAAGUGAAGACAAAAAUGGCAACUCGGAUAACCCAACGAGUGAACCCUCCCCAACCCCUCAGAACAUUUCCCUGGACAGGCGACGGUCGUCCACUGAUACCUCCCAUUCCGCUUACAGCCUUACAAGACGAAUUUCUAGCCUGGAGCUGAGGAGGCCAAGUUCUCCCCUCGUUGACCUUAAGCCCAUCGAGUUUGGAAUGCUAGGCUCCAAAAAGGAGAUUGUCCAGCCGGGCGUCCUGAAGAAAACCUACACGCCAGAUGACUAUUUUAGGAAAUUUGAGCCCAGACUCUAUUCCCUCGAUUCAAAUAGCGACGACGUGGAGUCGUUGACCGACGAAGAGAUCGUCGCCAAGUACCAACUGGGGAUGCUGCAUUUUAGCACUCAGUACGACCUCUUGCACAACUAUCUCAUUGUUCGGGUCAUCGAAGCCAAGGACCUGCCUCUCCCCAUCUCCUACGAUGGCGCCAGGCAAGACAUGGCCCACUCCAAUCCCUACGUGAAGAUCUGCCUCCUUCCCGACCAGAAAAACUCCAAGCAGACGGGGGUCAAACGCAAAACCCAGAAGCCCAUCUUCGAGGAGAGGUACAUGUUUGACAUCCCGUUUUUGGAAGCCCAGCGAAGGACGCUGCUCUUGACGGUGGUGGAUUUCGACAAGUUUUCACGCCAUUGCGUCAUCGGGAAGGUGUCCAUGUCGUUGAGCGAGGUGGACCUCGUGAGGGGCGGCCAUUGGUGGAAAGCUCUGGUCCCAAGUUCUCAGAAUGAAGUUGAGCUGGGGGAGCUUUUGCUCUCAUUAAACUACCUUCCCAGCGCAGGGAGACUCAAUGUGGACAUAAUUAGAGCAAAGCAGUUACUGCAGACUGAUAUGAGCCAAGGUUCAGAUCCUUUUGUGAAAAUCCAGCUUGUCCAUGGGUUAAAAUUGACAAAGACCAAGAAGACCUCUUGCAUGAGGGCCACCAUUGACCCCUUCUACAAUGAGUCCUUCAGCUUCAAGGUUGCCCAAGAAGAACUUGAAAACACCAGCCUGGUUUUCACAG